AUGGGAUUCUACUCGACAUCCUCACGGCAAUGGGCUGACAUUGAAGCCGAACGACUCCAAGAGUACGUUGGGGUGUUAGAGGCCUGCGGUCUUGGACUCGAUUCUUCCAAGCUCGAAUCAAGCGAGGUAUCACGCUUCAUUGACGUGGACGUGCCUCGCACCAUGCCCUCCUUGAACUUUUUCAUUGCAGACGAGAACCGAUCGGAGGUGAGCUACGAUGACAGUACGGAAGGGGCUGUGCAUUUUACUCCCUCGCAGCAUGCGCUGCGCAGAAUACUGAUAAGCACAGCAUUGGUCAACAAGUCCCUCGGAUACGUUCAAGGAAUGAACGACUACGUGGGCUACCUCCUUUACGCCUUUGCUGAAGGGAAGGCCUCGAAUGUCACGGCCUCCGUCGAGUCGGGCACCUUCUUCUGUUUCCAAACGCUUCUUGCGUACCUUGGCGACGACUUCUGUCGCGCAUUCGACUUUGACGCAGCGUGUGGGCUCACCAGUACUAUGCGGCUGUUUGACAAUGUCUUGCGGUUCUUCGAUCCCUCGUUGUUUGAGCACCUCGAGCAUCUGGGCAUCACGGCGGAACACUAUGCACUACGUUGGAUCAUCCUCUUGUUCAUGCAGGAGUUCAACAUGGCCGACGGGCUGCGUGUUUGGGACUUUCUUUUGUCAUUUGGCGAUGAGGUCAGAAACGCCGCCUUCUUUGUGGCGGCCGCAAUGUGCCACCACGUGCGCAGCUCGAUUUUGGCGGUCAACGUGAUGAGUGACGCUUUACCGCUUCUUCAGGCGUAUCCGGCCGGGGAUGUGGACCUUUUUCUGCGUAUAGCGCUGAAGUGGAUUGUAAAGUUCGAUUUCAACCUGCUACAAGAACUGAGACAACUGUCUCCCGAGAGUGUGCAGGCGCUGCGACGCAGCCACGGGCUAGAACAAGGGAUGGAUUUUGUGAAGAUGAUGCAGAGUUGGGUACCAUCUAUGUUCUAG